GCAAAAGGGGACAAAGCCAAGGUAGUUGACAGAUCCGCGACAGCAACAACACCGCAGUUUCAAAGAUUCUCGCAAGGAAUCCCGAAGUCCGCAAGGGGUGAAGAAGAAGACAGCCCCUUCCCUUCAGCUGCUGGGAGGUCGGUGACCCCACAGUCGACACUCGAUGACGUCCCGCCGCUGCUAUCGGGGUUCUCCUAUGCCUUACCUUCCCUGAUCUGCCCGUCCGGCGUCACUCUCCUGGAUGAGCAACGCUGGAGGACCCCGACAGUCUGUGGUGGAUGUGCCGGAAUCUCCCGUGUCUGGGAACCGUGAAGCGUCGGUACCCUCCUCGUCUUUGCUGCGCCCGCCGCGGCCAUCCACGCCGAACAGCGGGGUGUUGUAUGGCCCUGGUACCGUGGGACUGCCGCCGCGAUGGGACAGUCGGUACUCGAUGGGCAGCAUCGGGAGCAUGGCGAGCAUCGGGACGACGGGCGGCUCGAGCCUCUCUGACCUGCCGGGGGAUCGGCGGAAGUUUUUUACCAAGGCCGCUUGGCUUAUGAUUUGCUGUUUGGUCGCUGGGCUGCUCUGGUGAGUGAAUGAGAUAGAUGAGUCAGAGGCGACACACACAUUGCUCCAUACGUGUUGUGUUUGUGUCUGUCUGUUGUCAUCCGUCCGUCGAUCAGCGGUGUUGCGGUGUGCGCGUUGCGGCUGGCGAUCGACAAGACAUCGGGGGCCUUUUGGGUUUUGUCGCUGCUGCCCUUCUCGGAUAAGUCGUCUGUGCGGGUGGACAAGUGGGAGCAUCAGCAAGACUGGGACUCGACGGGCUUCUGGAAGGUACGCUGGCAGCCACAUGACAUGAAGGUUACUCGUGUUUCCUCUACCAAUUGUGUCUGUCAUUUGCUUUGUGUGCUCAUCCCAUCCAUCCAUCGAUCUGCAGAGUUUUCCUUCACACGAGGUGUCUGGAGUGUACAGUAUCAUGAUAGCCCUGCCGCUCAUCGGGGGACUCUUUGCAGGUAGGUAGGUGUGUGCUUGUGCAUGUGUGUAUGUCACCAACCACACCACACCACACCACCCAUCCCUCACUUGCUCACCUCUCUCUCAAUCAGGUUUGGUGAUCGAUCACGCCUGCGCCAAGGUCGGCGGCGCGGGGCUCACCAGAUCCAAGGCAGCCAUCGCAGCUAGGACGGGGUACGGUGCGCACUCGUGUGUUGGCCGGUGGAUCGAUAACUGGGCUGGAUGGAUGGAUGGCUGGCUGUGUGUGUGUGUCGUGGGCGUGUGCCUGUGUGUGCGUGUGUUGGUUGGGUCAGGAUACCGCUUUACGAGUGUUUCUGGCGUUUUCUAGUGUCUGUGGUGUACAUCGCCAGCGGCAAUGGGCUGGGCAUCGAGGGGCCAUCCGUGCAUAUGUAUGUAGCCACACACAAACAGACAUGCACGGACCCACACACACACAACAGCCACCAAUACACGUGUGUGUGUGUGUGGUGCAGCUGCGCGUCGUUGGCCUCCAACACGGCGUGGCUCUUCUCCAAGAUGGGCCUCGUCGCGCCUGAGGUCAUUAUAUCAAUGGUCAGCCAUCACACACUCCCUCUCACAGACAGACAGACAGACAGACGGCUUGCUGUGUCGUGGCACCACCCACCCAGGUGGCUGUGGGUUCGAGUGCGGGCAUCGCGUCCUUCAACACCCCGCUGGCAGGGUGCGUCUUCAUCUUUGAGGAGAUAUUCAAGUUCUGGAAGAGCGAAGCCGUCGGCGCGCUGCUGCUCGCCACCGCAACCGCCACAUUCAUUCUCCGGUUGGCCCACCAGCUGUUCCAGGAGCAAUGGUGCGCGGAGCCUGGGGGGUGCAUUGGACUGUAUGUGUUUGUGAUUUGUGUCCGUGUUGGUUCGUUGGUUCGUUGACAGGUACAUUGAAGCGCAGGGGCAUGUCUUCGACGACCGGGCGCGGGUCGAGCACUUCGAACAGGCCGGCUGGAUGCUGGUAAGCAGCCAAUGGCCUUACCCACCCACCACACACACACACUUGUCGGUCGCACACUUAUACUUCUUUGCCAUCGGGGUGUGUUUUGCCAUAUAUCAGGCGGCUGCGUUUCCUGCGGGCAUUGCGUGCGGCCUUCACGGCCUGCUGUGGCGCAAGACCAUGUUCCCACUGAGGGGGCUGUUCAAGAAGUGGGAGAAGAAACACAAGGUCAGUGAGGGCACUCUCACUCUCUCGCUCAAGAAGGGAACGACGUCUCAAUGCGUUUCCUCCCUCUCUCUCUCUCUCUCUCUCCGUGUGUGUGUGUGUGUGUGUGUGUCUAGUGGUGGUGUGGGGCUGCUGUGCGGCUGAGCCUGAUAGGCGCCUACGCGGGUGCGGUGAACGCUCUCUUCUUCUCACUCAUCGCCCCAGACCAGACCAUGUUCGGCAUCGGCGAGCCCACACUCAAGUAACCCACCUGACGCUAACGCCCCACACACACCAUGCCCUGAGGUAUGUCCCUCCCUCCUUCUUAUGUCAGGCUGCUGACGUCGGAAGCGACUUCGGAAGCGACCUUGGACACCGGUUUAGGCGGGAGCCUGGGCCUCCUCUACUACCUCCUCAAGCUAUCCGUCACCAUUCUCUCAUUCGCCGCCAACGGACCGGGCGGAGUCUUUACGCCCUCAAUGGCGUAUGGCGCCGUCCUGGGGCGGCUCGUGGCUGACGUCUUCCUGGUCUUCCAUGGGAUGCCGCUCGGUGAGUGAGUGUCGUGACUGAAUGAAAUGAAGGAGGAAAACAGGCUAGGCUGGCGACAUCUCUUGUGUCCGUCUGUCCGUCUGGGUUGGCCGCUCUCUCUUAGAUGCGACCGCUGAGAAGAUUCUUGGCGGGAGCGUGGAGGCGGGCAUCUUCCGGUACGUCUGUGUGGUGUGCGGGAUGGGUGCGGCCGUGGCGUCGACCUUCCGGCUGCCCCUCAUGGCCACCGUCCUGGUCCUGGAGCUCAGCCGCGAGUGGUCCCUCACCACGCCAAUCGUCAUCGCAUGCUUCGUCGCGUGGGCCGUCGCCAGCAACCUCGACCGCCUGUGGGCCUCACUCUUCGACGACCUGGCUGAGCAGGACGGCGUCGACUACAGCGGGCUACAGGCACGGCUGGCGCUGAACGAUGUGGCCAUCGGUCUGCAGGGGGUGGUGACGGACCAGCCGUCCAUCGCGCCCUCCCAGUUCAGCGACAUGAUCCAGAAGAUCCGGGCCGCCACAGCCAUCCGCGUGCCGUCACGCAGCCGACUACCCCGCGCGUCGACCACCAUGAUGGUGUCGGUCUCAAAGCCCAACCCCCACAACUACCCACUGCGGCUGACGGACCCUAGCGAAGCGGCACAAGCUACCGCCGAUGAAUCGCCCGCUGAUGGCGCCGCGACGCCCCCCCGGAGUGUGUUGCAGUGGGGGUGGGAGCUGGUGCAGGGCACCCAGCCCAAACACGGGGAGGGGUCCCCGGCUGACGAUGGCAAUGUCGCCGUCGUCAUCCACACUCACGGCAGGGCGAGUGACAGCCACAGCCGCGAGACGACCGCUGAGUCGAUCGUCCAGGCGGAGCAGCCUGGGGGCGAUGAGGACCGCGUCGUCAUCGAGAUCAACGACGAGAGGAGGGAGCACCAGCGGCUCCUUUCACCCCAACAGAGCCACGGGCAGGCCGCUGCCCUUCCCCCACUGCCAAUACCGCCAGUCUCGAUGAGAGAGGCCAGUCCGCCCCACCCCCACUCCGGCUCUCUCACCCCCCCUGCGCCAGGUGUCCGCGACCGCCAGCAGCGGGGCUUCGACUGCUACUUCGGGCACGUCAUCAAGCGGCCCUCGCCCAUCCCACAUGCCGAGUACCACUCCCACCACCGGCGGAAAGAUCUCCGGGAGAGGGAGGGUGGCAUACGAAUCUCGCCCGUGCCACAUGCCCGGAUCCCAUAUGACGACCAGCCGCCCUCGCCCGCAGUGCUGUCCGUCGUGUCGAGCAGCGACUUCUACAGCGACCCCUCGCACCAUUCCCUGGAGUCGUCUUCAUCGCACUACGCCCACAGCUACAGCCACAACCUCAAUCGCAAGGCCGGGUCGGACGACGGCCGCCCGGGGCCAGCCAUCGUCCAUAGGGCAGCGAAAGGGGGAGGGCGGCAGACUCGGUCCUUGACACGAUCGCAACACGGGGAGGAGCUGGCGUCUCUAGCGAACGCGCUGCAGCUAUCCCCCGCCCUGAUCCCUUCCUCUCAGCGGCGGCCCCUCCCCCCGUCAGCCAAGGUCAUGCUGCCCUCGUCCGUGAAGAGGGAGGAGUCAGGUGGCAGUGAGUCGAGACCGCCGCGGCCCGCGAAGCUGACGAGGUCCAAGACGGUGUCUCUGGCGAUGGUGCAGAGGGGCUAUGCGGACGAGCGAGGCGACCGGACGCCCAGGCGUCCCAGGCAGGGGAGAGAGACGUCUGAUCCAUCCGUGGGGGCGCAGGGCCUGCUGCUGCCGCCGUCCUCGCUGAUCGGCAACGCUGACAUGAAGACCUCUCCCUCACUCAGGUGAGCUCAGCUUGAUGCAGCCAUCCAUCCAUCCACCCACCCACCAUGGACAGACACUUUUUGCUUCACCUUCUACUGUAUGUCAGGUUGUUGAUGGAAGUCAGUCGUCUGGCCGACAAGCGGCGCCGGAGGAGUCACGUGACGCCUUCGGCCACGGCGGCAGGGGCGCUAUGCCAAAUGGGCCAGGAGGGAGCGGCGGCAGCAGCGCAGUCCGCUCCCUCAUCGAUGGUCGAGGCGCCACAAAAGGCCCAAGUCGACACCCAACCCCCUGCACCCGCAGAGGCGAGCCAUCCCAUAGCUCUUGUGAAUCUCGCCGACCUCGCCCUCGAGGGCAUCGACGUCAACGACUUGCUGCGGCACCGCGACACCCUGCUCAAGAUCAAGCGCAAGCGGCGAGACUCGACGAGCAAGCCGCCCGUUGACAAGACCAGAGGGGCCAGGACAAGCCUCGAGGCCAUCGACCAAGAGAGGGUCGCCAGGAAGAAGCGCAGCGACAAGGCGGCUGACUUCCUCCGUCUGCAGAAGGAGCGGCUGCAGACUUUCGCUGCCAGAGCCAGAGGGGGUAGUCGGACGCCAUCGCCCGUCGUGUCGCCCUCGCCGUCGUUCGUCAGGCCCGCACAGCAAUCCGAGGGGGCCACGAGGGUACCGCCACCCAGCCCGAUGAUCACUUUUGAAGAGUGGGAUGGCAGCCCGCCGAUGGGUGCUGGCGAAGUGGGGUUAGUGAGCAUCCCUGUGGCUUCAGAGGAGAGCCCCGUCCUCGCAGCCGCCCGAUCGGCCGUGGCCACCAUGGCAUCGUCUCAAGAGCAGCGGCUGGGCGCGAUGCUGGUACCCCCGCCAUCCGACGAGGAGGAUGCCUCACCUGCCAACAAGUCGGCGGUCGGUGACAUCGAUGGCGGGAGGGAGAGGCGCCGCGCGGAUCUCCUGCAUGGCAGCCCCCCGAUGCCCUUUGCGUCGCCCCCGUUACUGGCCAAGAAAAACACUGUGGAGGUGCUGCCUUCUCAGGACGAGCUGCCCGUCAUCAUGCUCCCGGGCGGCGUCGACUACAAGCCGCCCCCGCCGCCCCUCCCAUCAGCUCUGAGGCGUUCCUCAGUGCCCGCCACGGCCAGACCUUAUCCCUCCCCGACAUCCGUGUCCAGCGCGGCCCUUUCUGGCUUUCAGAUCGAGCGCAAGCGCGUCACGUGGAAGACCGCCGAGGGAGAGGUAUUGCGGGGCGGCAGUGGAGGGGGCGGGGGCUCACCCAAAGAGGCCAAGGAUGACAGAGAAACCAGCCCCACGGCCACGGCGUCCACCGGCCCGUCCCCAGGUGGUGCCAAGCCGGCACCGCCCCACACCGUGGUGUCCAAGAGCCAAAAGGGGCUGGCCAACAUCAUCGAGGACGAGACGGUCCGCAUGUCGUCCAGCGAGUUUCGGUCGGGGCUCCACCUGUCCUUCACAAAAGCAGUCCUCGAGGAGAAGAGACGCAAGCAGGCCGAAGAGCGGCGGAGGCGCGGGGGGCCGUUGUGGCGGUCGUGGAAGUUCAAGACCAUCAGGGAGGAGAGGGCCGACUCGCCGGUUUUUGAGGGCGACAAGGAGCUGAGGUUCGAGCGAGGGGGGCGGCAGCAGCAGCAGCAGCAGCCGCAAAAGCAGAAGCCGAUGGGGUUCCGGUCGGAGCAGCAGGGCCGCUGACCUGACCUGGUCUGCCGAGCCCAGCCCACCUGUGUGUCGGGCCCCGCGUGUUGUCUAUAAUGCUGUCUGUCCAAUGGAUUUUCCCCUCCGUCCAUCGCUUCUAUCCAUCUGUAGCGUGGCGUGGCGUGCAGAUGUGUGUGUAUGUCUGUCUGUAUGUGCGUGUCCAUCGCACUAUCUGUUCGUCUUGAUUGAUCGCACUGAGCUAUUUUUCCUGCCUGCCUGUCUGUCUGGUGUCUCUGUCUUUAUCUAUUCCAUCCGUCUGAGGGCUGCGUGUACGCUCUCGCUCGUUCGUGGCUGUCUGUCUGUCUGUGUGGUGUGGUGUGGUGAUGCGAACCGCUGACACUUUUUUCCAGCGGUCAUCCAUCCAUCCAUCCAUCAUUCCAUCCAUCCAUUCGUAAUCCCUUCGCGUGUGCGUGUGUGCAUCUGUCUACCGAUCUGCAUUUAUCGAAGGCUCUGGAGGGGUUCGUGUGUCGCUCUAUCCGUCCGGCGGGCGAGGAGUGUGCCCGACUGGCUGGCUGGAGGCGUGGAGGCGUUGAAUGGACUUUUUGUUUAUCAGCCGAACGACAUGUGUGUGUGUGUAUCCCCUCUGUCUCGAUGCUUUGUGUGCGACGUGUGUGAGACGUGAUACGGCGGUCUUUUGCCAUGCGGUGAGUGUACAGGCGACCGAUUGUUUAUGGGCGGGCUGUGUGGCAUCCAUCGGUGCGUGUGUGUGUGUAUGUGUGGUGCGUGCGGACGUCUGCGCACCCCCCGGCGACGGACGUUUAUCCAUCCAUCCGUCCGUCCGUCCUUGGACCAUGAGUCAACACACGAUACCAC